AUGACCCCCUCAGAUAUUAAUGUCAAUCCCUGGACACACAUGUUCUAUAGCUUUGCUGGUAUUGACACGGGCGACUCGACCAUCGAGACCGUAUACGACUUGGACGAUAUAUACAUUGAACAAAUGAAUGACCUCAAAAAGAAGAAACCUUCUUUGAAGACGUUCAUUUCCGUUGGUGGCUGGGAUCUUGGAGGCGAACCAUUCUCAGACAUGGUUCGCUUUUCCGGGCUGCGCAAGUCAUUUAUUGAUUCCGUUAUAUCUUUCAUGGAUGACCGCGGCUUCGAUGGAAUUGAUAUUGACUGGGAAUACCCGGCUGCCACAGAUCGAGGUGGUCGUGAUGAGGACACGAAAAAUUUCGUGACAUUUAUGAAGGAGCUGAAGGAAGCUUGCGACGGGUCCUAUAGCAUCACUGCAACCUUGCCUACUUCUUACUGGUAUCUGAAAGGGUUUGAUGUAAAGGGACUGUCAAAAUAUGUCGACUACUUCAACUUCAUGGCAUACGAUAUCCACGGCACCUGGGAUGGAAAGACAAAGUGGACAGAGUCAGAUAUCAACCCCCAUACCAACCUCACUGAGAUCAAGGAUGGAUUGGAUCUCUUGUGGCGCAAUGAUGUCGAUCCUUCCAAGGUGCUGCUUGGUCUUGGAUACUAUGGGCGCUCGUUCACAUUGAAGGAUCCUAGCUGUGAUACACCAGGAUGUGCAUUCGACAAGACCGAAGACUCUGCAGGUGGUGGAAAAGCUGGUAAAUGCACGAACACAACUGGCAUUUUGACCGAUUACGAGAUCGAGCGGGUCAUCAAGCAGUAUAAUCCUGAUGUGACUUAUAACGAACAAGCUGCGGUCAACUGGAUGACUUGGGAUUCAAAUCAAUGGGUCUCAUUUGACAACGCGAAGACAUUGAAGCAAAAGGCCGACUUUGCUAAUGAGAAGUGCCUCGGGGGCCUUUUCGCAUGGUCCAUUGAAGAGGGUGGACCUGGCACCACGGCGAACCCCAAUGACCUUGACCCCAAAGAUACAUCCAUGACUGGUGCAAGUACAGAUGGAAGUGAUUCAGGCAGUGGUAACUUCUAUGUCGAUGGGGACGUCGCCAAACCAAAGGGUUCAAAUACUGCAACCGCUAUCGCCCCAGUCAAUCUGAUUGUGGCUCCAUCCUCAUUGUCUACACCAACCACUAUUUCAGUUGGACCUUUAGUGACACCCAUCGAAGUUGCCUGGACGACAACCAAGACGGUGACAGUCUCGAAUAAACCAACCGUCACAACUACCGUCACUCGCACCAUUCAAUCAACCACAUUCUCGAUUCCUUCCAUCACUGCCAGCAGCAUUCCGUGGUGGAACUGGAACAUCACCGGAACUGACGACACCUCAAGUUCCAAGACCCUCUUCCCUAGCUUCUCGCUGGAUUCGUUUACAUUCAGGAACACUCUGAGCUACCAGCAGACGCAGACGCAGAGUGGCAUCAAUGGCAGUUACGUGACCAUUACAGGCUCUGAGGACCGCACUUUCUUCCCUCCUCCUUGGCCCUGGUCUACAACUUCUUUGCCUGUCGAUGUUCCCACGCCAGUGAUCACAUGGACACAGGGCGGACCUCCAGCGCCUACCUGUACUUCAAACUGUGGCACCGAGUGUAAAUCUUUCUGUGAUGCGCCUUGCUUGACGGAUUGCGAUGAUACAGCCUCGAACGACAACUGGAAGGACCCCGAAGACCCUGACCCACCAUCACACUCCCGAUGCAGCGGCCCAGACUGCAAGGGCGGAAAAUGUACUGGGCCUCUUUGUGUCAAGAGAGGCUGCACCGGUACCGAUUGCGAUGAGUCUACUCAUACAUGUCUCGGAUCAGACUGCCAUGUCACCAGCUGCAUUGGUACUGAUUGCACCGAUUCAGGAGAAUGUGACGGCGACGACUGUGACACUGCCGGAUGUGAAGGCGAUGACUGUAACGGAUCUGGACAGUGCACUGGCCCAGACUGUGUAUCUCUUGGCUGCAUCGGUGCCGACUGCGAUCCCCAGACUGGAGAAUGUACCGGGUCUGAUUGCAGCAAGGUUAGCUGCUCGGGUUCAAACUGCGAUGGGGGCAAAUGCACUGGCGAUGGAUGUGAGUCGGAAGACGAUGACUGCGACUCCAAGGAAGCAGAUACUUGCACAGAGUACAUUUCCUCUUCUAUGGUCUCCUCAAGUUACACUACGGAAACAUCCACCAUGUGUCAAACCAUCACCGCCUGUGAUGCCAAACCCACUACUACAACAUCCACAAUCACCUCCGAUAGUACCGUGAAGGCUGCGUAUCGCUUCUAUAGUCGGACUAUUGAUGAUGCUGCUAUCACGAGUCAGGCUAGCAUUAUCGACGACGAUUUCUCCUCGCUAUAUACCACCACCCCCACCACCACCAGCACGUCUAGCACAUCAACAGAGGAGGCAACAACGACCACUAGCAACAAAUACAAGCCAUCCGAGUCCGCAAGUACAUGUGGCCACGGCCAGACUAUGUGCCAUCUUUUCGUCAGCAACCUACAUGGGUUCUGUGACGUGGCCAAGAGUUAUAUCAGAGGCGAUGAUAUCUACGGAACCACAAGCGGCAAAAAGACCGGAGAAUGCUAUACCGAUGGCAAGCACGCCUCGGGUGGGUGCGGAGUCUUCAUCAAGGGCGACGGCUGCGAAGUCAAGGGCACUACCAUGCAAGCUGCCUACGAUCACAUUUUCGAUGACUGCAAUCAGGCUUGUGGCCAUAUGGUCUUUGAUAACGGUUGCGAAAUGAAGGUUGACUAUGUCACCGGCUGUGAAACUGAAAACAACUAG